AUGCCCAAAGGCGGUUCGAGACGUGACGAGCACCACUGCCCUCAACGCGGUCGUGGCAACUGCAGAUGGGCCCAUCAUCCCGUCCGUUAUUGCACCACACACUCUGAAAUGUGUCCACUCCACGACUUGCCUCACCAGACAUACCAGUCGUGUACCAGGUGUGAAGGUGAAAGAAAAGCCGCCGAAAGAGCUUUGAGAGAAUACCAGGAAAUCGAACAGACUUCAUCCCUCCACAACGACUUGGAUGUCAUGGAUGCCAUGAUUCCCGGACACUUCUUCCCUCACCACUUUCCCAACAAAGCUCAAGGACCCUUGGGAAACGUCGACGAUGUCUAUACAUCAACUUUGCUCUUCGUGGCUGGUCUGCUUGUGCUGUUGUUCUGGAGAAUUCCAUCGGCUUGA